CGCCGGGGCGGGGGCGAGCGCGCGGCUCCGCGGCCCGGGGCAGCUGCGGGGGCAGGGUCCGGCAGCGGGGCGGCGGACGGACCGACAGACAGACCGAAAGACACACCGACGGGCCGGCGCGGGUGUCUGCGGCCGCCAUGGAGGUGUGCGAGAGCGGCGGGGAGCAGCCGCCGCUGCUGCACUGGGACCGCAAGCUGAGCGAGCUGUGCGAGCCCGCAGACCCCGAGACGCUGCUGAGCCGCACGCACUUCACAGAGUUCCUGGAUGAAUUUUCACCUGAUGUCCUAGGCCAGCUGUUGAAUGAUCCCUUUUUGUCUGAGAAGAAUGAAAUCAUGGAGGUGGAACUGUCCCCGGCGUCCCCAGCGCCCCUCAUCCAGGCUGAGCACAGCUAUUCCCUCUGUGGGGACUCCCGACCCCAGUCUCCCUUGACCCACAUCUCGACUGAUGACAACUUUAAUGAAGGUGACCUGGAAAAUGAGGAAUGGUGUCUGGCUACAGAGUUUACAACAGCUGCAAUAAAGACUGAGCCAGGGCUUUGUGAGACAUCAGGCCUUGCUCCCUCAGUCAGUCUCACCAUCAUGGCCACGUCGCUGGAGGGGGAACAGCCUGAGCUACAGACAGAUGCCCUGAUGAAACCACUGACCCAGAAAGUUCUUCCAGAGAUUAAACUGGAGCCCCAUGAAGUGGAUCAGUUCCUGAACCUCUCUUCUAAAGAAGCAGUGGAUGCCCUGCAUUUGCCUCCCACCCCUCCGAGCAGCCAUGGCAGUGACUCUGAAGGAGGGCAGAGCCCAGCUCGGUCACUCCCUCCUUCCAGCCCAGUCCAGCUCCAGGCCACGGCCAAGGUUGUGUCGCGCACAGCUUCGAUGCUCUCCAAUUCCCCUCUCCUGACUGCACCACAUAAAUUACAGGGGACUGGCCCCCUCAUCCUGACAGAGGAAGAGAAGAGGACGCUGAUAGCAGAGGGCUACCCAAUCCCUACCAAACUGCCCCUGACAAAAGCAGAGGAGAAAGUUCUAAAGAAAAUCCGCAGGAAAAUAAAAAACAAGAUCUCUGCCCAGGAAAGUAGAAGAAAAAAGAAAGAAUACAUGGACAGUCUGGAAAAAAAAGUUGAGACCUGCUCAAAUGAAAACAGUGAGCUGCGUAAGAAGGUUGAAGUCCUGGAGAACACUAACAGAACACUUCUGCAGCAGUUGCAGAGACUCCAAGCCAUGGUUGCUGGCAAAGUGUCCCGCUCGUGUAAGGCAGCUAGCACACAAACAGGGACCUGUCUUAUGAUGGUGGUGCUGUGCUUUGCAGUAGUUUUUGGCAGCUUCUCUCAGAGCUAUGGGCCAUAUCCUUCUGCUACAAAGAUGGUGUUGCCCAGGCAGCAUUCCUCACCAGAGUCCUACACAGAUUCCAUUGUGAGGUCAAGAAGCCUAUUAAUUUAUGAAGAGCCUCAACAACUGGAGGAGCCAUCCAGCCCGAUCUCCUUUGCAGAUCGCAGUGACAGGCAAACAGACCCCUCCAAGUUCACAGCACUGUCCCUGGAAGCUGUGUCAGGGACACAGCCAGAUGAUAUCAUGCAGUUCACAAUAGCCAACGAGACAAGGCUAGAGAAAUCAGUGCUGCUGGGCCUGCAGCAGCACAGAGUCAACUCCGAACUAGAAGGAAAUGAAACACUGAAGAUAAUUGAAAUAGAUAGAAGAGUCAAUGCCACCUCUUAAAAAUAAAAAAGGCCUUUUUUCUUGACUUCCCUCCUUCCCACAUAUUUUCAACCAAAGUUCCCCUGACUUGUCAUCCUCAGUGAACCAAAGUACAAAAGAGAGGGAGUUCAACUUCUGCAUUGACUGAUGAGGCUGUGACUACAGAUGGGAUCUCUUGUCUUUGUAACUCCCUUCCUCAUGUUGCACACAGUCCCUGUCUCUGCUUUUAUCCUUUUCCUGUCUAACACUACAAGGGCAGGACUGAAUUAUGAUGGCAGAUGAUGCCAGCAGUGUGCCAGUGAUGGGUGGGUGUGUGUGCCUGUACAUGAACACAGCCUGAUCUGAGCACAAAGACAUUCUGGAGAAGGGUGAAUUGUGCAAAACCAAUGGGAGCAUGUGGGUGAUAGUUUUCUUGGGAGAAGGUAAUUGAGAGAGAGAGGAGAUGCAGCAUGAUGGUGCUUAGAAUCUCACCACAGCUCUGUGCCUACUGGUCUACAGCCCUUGAGCCUUUUGGGGGGAUAGAGAAGCAAGUGUGCAGCCUGCUGCUGAAGGGACAAGAAAGGGCCCUGAUUUGCUGAGUUCAUAGCACAGGCAGGAGAGGGCUGGUCCAUGAUGCUGCUGAAUUAUCCUCCCCAUGCUCUUUCUCUUCUCCCCUCCAGCCUCUUCACACUUAGCAGGGUAGGUGUCUCUGUGCAUUGAAAGCAGUCCUAGUGGGCUUCCCUGCUUCCACCCUUGAGAAAUUAUGCAAUAUUUUAGAUGGAUGCCCUUUAGUCUGCUUAAGGCUAAUCUAUUUAGCUUAAGUCAGCUCCUUCCCAACAAACUAAAUCAAUGUAAGGCUUAAACCAGAAGUGCCUCCUGAGAGGACUGUAUGGAUUUAAUUUAUUGGCUUCUAGCUGGUUGAUGAAAAUUCUUGUGUAGACCUGGUCUCAGAUUGUCUUGUGUUUUUCCUUUCCUUGCCAUCUUCCUGUUACUGUUGUAAAUAGUAUUUAUUAGCUUUGACAAAUUCUGUUCAAGUAGUUGCAAUUAAGAGAACUGAGCUUUCCUAACCCUGCAAGUGAUCUGGGCAGAUCCUGAAAUUGGACAGACAGACAUCACUGAAUACUCAUUUCCUCCCCUUAAGCAUGAAUUGUCCUAAAAUAAAUCCACGUGUCUUAUUUUCCUCUUACCUGCUUUUCCAGAGAUGUGGUCUGAGACCAGCUGCUUUGGGUACAGAUAGGGCCAGCUCAUGCCUAGAGGUGGUGUGGAUCCUGUAUUAACUGUAUGCCAAGGCAGCCUCUGAUCUGAGGAGCUGAUUGUGUAGACAGGAGACCUCUCAAAAGAGGAAUAAGAUGAGCACAUGAAGGGGUGAAGUGACUGGCCCGGGCUCACUGAGAAAGCCAAGAGCAGCAUUCAGGUUUGAUCCUGCUCCAGUACUCUUCUCCAUUCUUUGUUUCUUUCUUGCCCUGUGGUGUUGUCUUCAAGCAUCCCCCCUCUCUCUCCCCCUCACUCUCUCCCUCUCUCCCUCUUCCUCCCUCUCUCUCUCUCUUCAUCUCUUUCUCUCUCCCUCUCUCCCUCUCUCUGUCUCUCUCUCUGUUUCUCUCUCUCUCCCUCUCCCUCAGUACGCUGGUCAUGUCUUUGCCUGAGUUGUGCUUUUUGCAAUUUGUCCUUGCAGGGGCAUAGUUGAACUCAGUCCAGAAUUUGAGCAGGGUUUUAUCUGGUUCCUACAGAAGGGCACUCAUGCUCCAUUGAGGAUGGAUCUAAUGUGAAAAUCCUAAUUCAGCAGGCUGGCAUAGCUACUUAACUGUUUACCAGAAGAAGUCAAUUAAAAAAAGUAGUUAGAAGCUCUUUUUUCUUUUAUUUUUUUUUCCUAAUGAUAAAUAAGGGAAAAACUAACCUAGCCUUAAAAAUAAUUUUUUACUAUGUACAGUAGAUAUUUCUUGCAACUAUUCUAUUUUGUAAAAUAUUGAAUUUGUAUUUUAUUACAGCAGCUGUCACACCAGCUCCUUUCUUGUUCUUCAUUCUCCUUAGACUUUCUUCUUUCAGCAUCCUAUUUGCCACCUUCAGGCCUGACUCAAAAUCCAGUGAAAUGAAUGGGAGGGAUUUGGUGAAUUGGAGGGGACUGUGGAUCAGUCCUCCCUGUGCCAUUUUAAGAGGGUGUUUCACAUCAGUGACAGUGAAACAAGUGCCUGACUCCAUGAGCUCCUUCUGGUGUGCAGAUAUGCUCUUCUAGGUAAUGCUUCUUGUACCCAACUUCUUGUACCCAAACUUCUUGUACCCAAGUGCCUUACUAUUUUACCUGAGGUGACAGUGAGAGGAGAAAUGCAGUUGUAGUCUGCUUUGCAGGUGUUCCCAUCUUGGCAUGGGUCAGCCACCACCAUAGAGUCUGUUUCCCUUCACAGUGAUCCUGCUGGGCUCUCUGCAUCAUUCCAGUAUCCAUUAACAACUUUUGUAUUUGUGGGGUUUUUUUUAAUGGUUUAAGGCUUCACAUAAACAGUAAUCACUUGUGAGUGCCACAAGGGGUGGCUGCAUUGCUCAGCAACUUGAGGUCAGCAGAGUGACAGGAGAAAGCUGGGAUUGACCCCAAACAUGUCAGCAUAAGUGGCCAUGGUUAUAGUUUAGAAAAUUCCUUAAAUGGACUUUUUUUUUCCAGAGCACUCUUGGUUUGAUGCCUUUGAGGGCAACCAAGUGGUUAAAUGUUGUGCAGAAGAGGCCCCAAGGUGUGAAGCACAACACCACUUACCAGUCUUGGAGUUUGCACUGUGCAGCCUGAGCUCCUGCCCAUUGCCAGCUGAAUGGAUCACCUCCCAUUUCACAUACAGCUGGCUGACUUCACUGUGUGAAAACCAAAGUGGAAUUAUUUCUCAGCUCUUAAAGGACAGAUGAUUUUGCACAACCAAAAUAGCUCCUCCUCUCUGAAACCUACUGCACUGGUCACCAUUAAAACUUUGCUUUUUUUUUUUUUUUUUUUUUUUUUUUUUUUUUUUUUUUAAUUUGGGUGUAUUGGUUCAAAUCUGGUUGGAAGAUAAUCAAUCAUGUUUUCAUCCUGAGCAUUUUAAACUGGCCAUAGUCUGGGUCAGGCCUCUGUACUAAUCCACCCAAGCCGGUAUGGUCAUACUGAUUUCUUGUAAAUAUUUGAUAAUCUAUUACUAUAUUCUUAAUUUGUUUACUCCUUUAAGUUAUUUUUAGGUAUUCUUUUUUAGGGAAUCUCUUGUCCUAGCACACACAUUGCUUGGGGAUUUAUUGUAUUACAUGUUACUUUAUAAUAAGAAAAAGCUUUGCUUCACUUUGCUAUGUUUGUAAUCAUUUUUCAUCAGGGGCCUUAAUAGAGCAGGUUUCUCUGCCAGGGGCCAAGGAAUCCCCUCAUCACCUACUCACAGGCUGUUGUGUGGCAAGGACCCACGAUCUCCAGAGGGGGUUUGUGCCCGUGUUCUGUACCUAGCAGGGGACAGGAGAGGCAGGACAAGGUGCUAUUGCACUGCCAGCCUCAGCAUGCAAGGGUGACCCCCGUGGGAAUGUUGAUGCACUGCAGACCGCGUGGAGAGGCAGCCUCUGUGCUCUGAGUUAAGGGCAUAGGAGAAGUAAGGCACAUUCAGGGAGGAUGGCAGUAAGUGCUUUUAGUCAGUUCAGCUCUAUUACUUCAGGCCUUAGCCUUCUGCCAGUGUGCUUUUUCUGGUGAUCAGUGACUUGAUGCUGUGGAAUCAUAUGUGUGUGUAUGGACAGGAUAAGCAAAGGCCUUGUGUGCUACAUAAUUUUAAUUUCCAGUAGAGGACAUAAGUGAUAAAGAGUCCUCAGCUGUAAGGUUAUGUUGCUCACCAGCACAAUUUUAUACACACUAGUGAAGUUACCUUUUGGCCUGUAGCUUUAGAGCAUGUUUCGAUCUGUUGAGUCUUUGCUUCUAGGGAGAUAAGCUAUGAAGGAAUAUAGGGCAUUAUUUUAUAUAUAUGUAUAUUUUAAAAGUCUGAAUCACAGGGCAUGGGACGUUUCUAACCUUGUUACUAGGGUGUAGAUAGUGUUCAGUUUUUUCCCCCCAGGCUAGUUAUAGUUCUUUGCUGCACUUCUUUUAUUUCAUUUGUAUCACUCAAUAUUUUUCAGCAACAUAGACUAAUGGAUUAGGCUGAGGUUCUUAGGCCAGAUCCCAGCCGAUAAAACCAGCAUGGUUCUCACACACUGCUCUUGGAGGCUGCAGGUCUGAUUUAUGCUGACAGGGGACCUCUUCCUCCACAUCUCUGUGUGUAACAGUGUAUCUUAAUGUGUUCUUGAUUCUUCUAACAUAGACCAAAAAUUAAUCUAAAAACUUUUUUUUUCCCCUGCUAAAGAAACCAACCAACCUCUUCACUCCCAUCCCUCCAACUAUCAGUGGUGAAUUCUGUCUAGACACUUUUAGAAUGUAGGUCAAGUAAGUGAAUGAUGCUAAUUGCUACAUUGGGAGGGAUUUCCACUGAGUAUUUGGGCUCUAGAUUCUAGCUAAUGCCAAGAGGCCAUUGUUCAAAACCCACGCAGCUAAGAGCAGAGGAAUAUGGAGUAUUUUUAUACACCUGGUGACUAAAAUAUUUCUUUCUCGAGUCACUAAUUAAAAAGGGAACAUUUUGUAUUCUGAAGGUGAAAUGAUAGGUCAGUACUUUGUAGCUGCUGAAGUUGUCCCAGCCUAUAUAACACUGUAGUGCUAUGAUGUGUUGCUGCUUUGCACUAUCUAGCAUUAAGGUUUAACAACUUUGGGGGUUGCAAAGGGGAAUGAACUGAUGUGUAUGUUAAGUAAGGUCUUUACAAAGAAAAUGUAAGAAUUCUGUCCAUCUUGUAGCUUUCUCAUGGCCAAUAAAGUAACAUUGGGCAUUCAGAGAAUUUGUUGAAAGUUGAUCCUCAUGAACACUGCAUUGCUUAGGUGAUCAGCAUCCAUUGGAGACUCCAGGACUGAGAGGGAAAUUGCAAUUUGGUUUUCUCAUUUUUAUGUCAGGUCUUUUUCUGCUUUACCAAGGUGUGUGUGUAUAUAUAUAUAUACAUAUGAAUCAAAUUCCUGUGUAGAAAAAAAAGUGCAUCAUGCAGGAAACUCAUUUGUGAUGCUGUUUGGAUCUGAUGCUGAAUGGGGUUUGGAUAUUCUUUAUUAGCAGCAGUCUCUUGUCUGCCCUACAACUGAUCUCCAGAUUCUUCCUCCAAGAGGUGCAACUAAAGAGGUGAGAACAGAACAUGGGAAAGCUGGAUUUACAGACCUGUCUUGCAGAAAGGGUGAAAGAAAAGGCAGGUGAAGGGACUUCGUGCAUCACAGGGAAGCCUUCUAGUUCUUGAUUCCAUAAAUCAGCAGUAAUAGCCUGAAUCAGCAGUGAUAGUCUCUUUCAUUAGUUACCUGCUACGUUUAGGUUUACUCCUACUCCCCUUGCUCUUUAAUGCUAUGCAGUCCUGUUUAUGCAAACCUGACCUUUAUGGUAUAUCCCACUUUACCCUCUAAACAGCAGGUAAAAAUCUUGCUGAGCCUUAGCAGUCCAUAAUGAAGGGAGUGGAAGAGAGAGAGGGAGAAGCAGAGUCAGGUACUGAAUUUUGUUAAACAGAACUCUGCUUAUAUCUGACUUUACCAUAGCAGACUUUAAUUCAGUGGUGCUGAUAUAAUGGCAUCUUGCUUUCUUUAUUUGUACAGUUAAGAGAGAAUGAGUGUGUGUGUAUGUGCACGUCUGUGCACAUGUGCAUGGUGAAUGAUCAAAAGGUAUCAAACCCACAGAGUUUUCUUCAUGUAGUAAGUGUUGCUAAAUAAAGGCAUCUACCAGAACACACAGGGCACUUUGGGCUUGGUGCAGCAGAAAGUCCAGGCAUUUCUCUGAAACCUGUUCACAUUCCACAUCACUGAGCACUUGUAAAACUGUUGUGUGAAUUGCUCUGAAGACUGUCCUGUGAUUAAUUGUCGACUGAAUGUUGUUGCACUGUGUAAUUUUGUGUGUGUGCAUAGAUUGUCUGGCCUUUUUAGAGACCAGUUCUGGCUUGGUACAAAAAACUAAUUAUUUUAUAUUCUGGUAUCAUUUUUGGUCUGCAGAAUUAUGGCUUUGAAUGCCUUUAUUAUUAUUAUUAUUUUACGUGGUGUAAAUUGCCUUAAAAGAUGGCCCCUGGGAGCGCUGAUGCCCUAACCACCCCUCAGGCACAGUGAGAUGCAAGCCAGGGGAAGCAGUUUCCUCUCAGAGGGUAGUCCAAGUACAUCCCAGUUUCCCUGGGAUUCACUAGGCUUCCAAGGGCAAAUUACCUGCUCUCUUGGUGCUCUCUUGAAGAGAAGUAUCCAUGGCCAAUUCCAUUGCCUUGGUCAGUGAACAGUCACUCUGCUGUGACACCCGUAGGGCACUUAAGCUGGUGUUUGCCUUUCCCUCUGUUCCUGUGCAUAUAGUUCACAGUAUAGGUUUGUGCAAACAUUUAAAACUGUCUGAGAUACCAGGGACAGUGAUCCUAGUGCAAAAGCACACCACUCCCCCCUCAAAACUCCUCGGUAAACUUCAUUUGGGGCCUCUUCUGACUGCAAAUAUCUCUAUUCUCUUGCCAUGUCUAUUUAACUCUGUCUGUGUUCAGUGACCUUUCUAUUUUUGUACAAGUGCUGUCAUCUGGAUAUGGUCCCACCUGAUUGUUCACACUGCAAACAUGUCCAUUGGGUGGAAAGAAAUUGCUGUGUUUCCUUUUUAAAUAAUUUGCCUGAUUCUGUGAGAGAACAGACUACCUGCUUUUUUAGCCUAAAUAUGUAUGUAGUGAAGUAUGAUAUGCUUUUCAUUUCUUGCAAAUAAAUAUUUUCUGUAGAAAAAA